GCGAAGCAGCUUCAGGCCAGAACGUAGUAUACUUUUAUUCGAAGAAUUAAUUACACGUUUUGAUUAUAAAUUCCCGAAGUAUUCAAAAAUUAAAAUGGUUAAAAUUUGCAUAGUCCUCUUGAUUUGCGCUUCAGCUUUCGCAUUCGCCUCUGCAGCCACCAUACGUGAUCGGCCCGUAGUGAUUGGUAAGCCAGCCGUCGUGCCCGCUACCGCUGUUGUCCAGACAGAGAAGGAUUUCGUGCCAAUUCUCAAGUCAGUGGCGGAACGCAAAGAUGAUGGCUCCUUUGUUUUCUCCUAUGAAGGCGCCGAUGGCAGUUAUCGCGAGGAGGUUGGCAUUGUGAAGAAUGCCGGCACUGAUGAUGAGACUUUGGAAGUUUCAGGCUCUUACCGUUACCUCGAUGCUGAUGGUCAGCUGAUUGAGGUGCGUUACACGGCGGGAGAAAAUGGUUUUGUACCACAAGGCACUAAUAUUCCACAAGAAAUUUCACUCGCCGCCAAGGCAGCAGCUGAGUUUGCGCGUAGCCAUCCCGUGGAAGUUGAAGUGAAGUGAGAUGAGUUGAAUUUAGAUAACAAAACUAAUCAUGAUCAGUGAUUGAAGAAUUUUAAAGUGCUUUAUAAGUA